AUGGCUAGCGCACCUUCACCCCUCUCCAUCAUUAUCGAGUCCACGUCGUCCUCGACAGAAUCAUGGGACAGCGACAAGAUGCAUCCCUCACCGUUAGCUUCGCAUCCUUUUCGGAUCCCCACGCCGAGCUUUACUGAUCUCGAUAUCCCAUCCGACCUGCAAUAUGCUUCACGGCCCGUAUCGGACAUGAAUGUUGCAGGCACGCGCACAAGCUAUCUCGGGGGUGACUUACACGACUCCACUAACCAUGGCGAAAAUAUCCGCCGCCCUCGCAGUCGCAAUGAUGUCGCCGCUCUGAUUGAGUUCCUGCGCACUCACGAGCCGCCGCCCGACAAUUUCAUGUCGCAGCCCUACAGCGCCGAGGAGGAAGAGCGCGGCAGAUGGGGCAAGAUCAAGGUCAUGGGCAAGAAGCGUAGCAAGUCCAUGAGCAGAGCGCCAGCUCCUUUUCGACUGCCCGAUUCUGCGGUUGCUGGCCUCACGACUGGCGGCCAUCGCCACAUCGCCAUAUCCAUUCCUAUCAACGCCUCUCACUUUAGCGACGACACCAAGUCCCAGUACCCUAUCCUCAAUGCUCAUGUUGAACCGCCAGUCCCACCCGUGCCCGAGUCGGUUCGCACCUUCAAGAAUAAAAACGGCGUCGUUACAGUCCUCAGGCCACUUUCCACGGGCCAACAUUACAGCAGUUUGCCGCCCAGCCCGGCCUCGCCUCGCCGCUUCGACAGAGAUUAUCCCCCGCAGCUGCUCCGAAACCGUCGCAUGAUGCCUCCGUCCCCUCCGCCUUCGUCUCCUGCCGAUUCUGAACACUGGCCUUUGGCUCAGACCGAACCAGAUGCAUCCUCUUACGCCCAUGAACGCACAGGUUCCCACAACUCCAGUGAACUUGUUCGUUCCAACAGUUCUUCACAUCAAAAUGCCGAGUUUGUUCGUGCCGCUUAUCCCACACGCGGUUCGAGCAUGGCCGCCUCUCCGCGCAUGAAGCAUCAUCACACAUCUUCCAUCGACGAAGUGAUUGCGGAGGAAGAGCCCUAUCCCAGAAACCCCUCACCCAUGCCUCGCGAUGGUGCGAUGCGCCGCAAUACCGAGCGACGCACGGGACACCCGCCGGUAUCAUUGACAACGUCACUAGCUUCGCGAAGGUCGAACUCCAGCUUGCGAUGUGAGUGGCAGGCCGACAAUGAGACGGUGACCGGGCAACCAAAAGUCGUACAGGUCAAGGAGAGCCCAGUCAUCGAUCGCGCGCCUUCGCCGCCUGCGAGCGUCCGAUCCAUCAAAAGCCGUCGUGAGAGGGUGCGCGAGAAGAAGCUCCGUGAUAUCGCGGCGGCGCGCAACUCGGAAGCAGGCAAAGUGUCAUCCCCGACAGGCCCGGAAGGGGCCGAGGAGUCCGUCGCACCAGUCACAGACCAGCCUGUCCCUACCGUCAGCGCCCAACCCGGACCAAAACUGUCGACAAUCAUGGUAGUAGUCGACAUGCACCCGGGCGACGAGGCGGCGAACAAGGAGCCCGCAACCAGGGCCACAACUGACGAUGCAGAGUCCGUCAUCGAGGUGCCGGCCUCCUCUGCCAUCACGCUCCCCACGCCGCCCACGUCAACUGAGACCUCUCCCGCGCAGAAGCACGGGUUUGACACUCGCACGGCGCUGACCCGCCGCCGCGAGUGGCAAUCCGCCCGCGAGACGGAGCGCAAGCAGCGGGACGCCGGCGCCGGCGCCAAGACAUCGCAGCAGGCCCGGCCGCUCGGCGGCGUGGCCGUCACCGACCCCGAGCGCGAGAUACUGCACCUCUACGAGGCGUACCGCGAGCAGCGCCUGCGCGACAUGGAGAGCCGCGUGCGGCGCCUCGAGCGCAACGGCGACCUCUGGCUGCGCGCGCUCAUGCCCAUGCUCGAGGACGUUCGCGGCAGCAGCACCGUCCCGAUCACCGCCGCUGCUCUCGACGACGAGGGCAUGCGCGACUGGGCCUCGGAUGACGAGACCGCCGCCGCGAGCAACAACGCAGGCAGCAUCGACCGCCUCGCGCGCGCCUCCCAGCGCCGACGGCUCAUCCGCCGCGCCAGCCUCUCCCGCGAGCGCAUGCUCGAGGAGCUGAUGCGCCGCGAGGAGCGCGACCUGCGCGCGCAGCACCAGCACCCGGACGUGAGCGGCAUGAGCGCCAUCGAGCCGCUGAUGCGCGAGCUUGCUGCGGGUGGCGCCCCUCCGGAGACCGCCCCGAGUCAGACAACGACGGCGCCGCGGGCCAGGGGGGACGUGCCGCUGCCGCUUCGUCCGCGACCGGCGAGCCAUCGUGGUGUAUGGGUAUGA